AUGGGCCAGGAACAGUCUUCCAACAGAGAGCCUGGGCCGCAAAGCAGUGCGCCGCAGAAGACGGAUUAUUACGAACUGCUCGGAGUGGAUCGACAGGCCACCGAUGAUGAGCUCAAGAAGGCGUACCGAAGAAAGGCCCUCGAAUUGCAUCCAGACCGCAACUAUGGAGACACGGAGAAUGCGACCCAGAGGUUUGCCGAAGUACAGGCCGCCUACGAAGUCCUCUCUGAUGCCCAAGAACGAGCCUGGUACGACUCCCACCGCGAUGCCAUCUUGCGCGGCGAUGAGCCCAACCAGAACGAAGGCACCGCCGAGUAUUACAACGUCCGCAUGACCAGCGCCCAGGAACUCUUCACCCUCAUCAGCCGCUUCAACUCGACUGUCCCCUUCACCGAUGCCCCCAACGGCUUCUUCGGCAUACUCCAGGACACAUUCGACUCGCUCGCGCAACAAGAGAUCGCCGCCUGCGAGUGGGACGGCCAGCCCAUCGUCGAGUACCCGUCCUUUGGCUCCGCCAAGCACGACUACGACAGCGUCGCCAGGCCCUUUUACAGCGCCUGGUCCAACUUCGCGAGCAGGAAGAGCUUCGCCUGGGAGGACAAGUGGCGGUUAUCUGACGCCCCCGACCGCAGAGUUCGCCGGUUGAUGGAAAAGGAGAACAAGCAACUCCGAGAGGAGGCAAGGCGGGACUUCAACGACGCCGUUCGAUCACUCGUCGCCUUUGUCCGAAAACGAGACCCCCGCUACGUGCCAAACACCCAGUCGGAAGCGGAGAGGCAGAAGAUACUACAAGAUUCGGCCAAACAGCAGGCUGCCAGAGCGAGGGCCGCCAACCAAAAGGCCAUGGAGGACUAUGUCGUCCCAGACUGGGCGCAGUCUCGCGGGGACGACAACGGUCUCGAGGGCGAAUUCUCGGAGAGCGAGGAAGAAUCCGAGGUCGAGGUUCUCGAAUGCGUCGUCUGCAACAAGAUCUUCAAGACAGAGAAGCAAUACGAGGCACAUGAGAAGAGCAAGAAGCAUGUCAAGGCCGUACAGCAGCUGAAAAGGCAAAUGAAGAAGGAGAACAUCAAUUUCGACCUAGACGAG